GCGCACGGAUCUCUCAUCCACAUCUCCACCACCGCGUCCCGCCCGUCGCACCCCGCCGCCCCCCCAAGAGACACCGACACCCGGCCCCACAUCGCCCAGUGCCCGCCCCAUCCCCAGCAUCCUUUGUUGCACGAACCAACCUUCCCUCAUCCGCCUCUAUCACCCAUCCCCACCCACAACAGAGUUUGUCUCUGCCCUACCUGCCCACCAGAGACCACCCCCUGCCCUGAAAGCAUCCCCCAUCCGACGCGUCACUCCACUUGUUCCACUCAAUCACUCUGCUUAGAUAGGUAAGUCGUGUCUCUACUUCUACGUCGUGGCUGGGGAUGCUUGGUGUGAGGAUGAGGGCAAGGGCGAGUCUUGACUGCGACUGGAAGGCGCUACUGUCGCUGUAGCUUCGGGACCGACUCGAUGUUUGCGCCAUCCGCUAUACAUCGCGUCCGAGGAGACGAUCGGGACUGUGAAAGGAGUCAUUCCCACUCGGAUGUCUUGUACGACCGUCCCAUGCUGCAUGCAGUACGCAGAGCAGAUCGAUUCGUCUCGCGUAUUCGAGAGCCUCUUUGGGCUCCGCGUCGCCGGCCCUGGCUCUCCGGGCGGAGCUCCAAGCCUCCGGGUUUUGAGCUCUAACGCUCAACCUUCGCCCUCUUUUCAUUCCCCAGCCUUCUUUUCCCUUCCUUGCUCUUGCAUCGUUCUGUCUUGCAGGCAUCGGCCAUCCUGGCCUUUCGCCUCCUGGCGCGUGACGGAGUAGCGCGUUUCACCAGGAAUGUGAUUGGCGGAGACGGAAGCGGGGUCUGGGCAAGAAGACGCCAAGAUUUCGUCCACCGACAGGUCUUGGUAUCCCGCCAUCGCAUGACCGAGGUUGGCCAUGGUCAUUAAGCGUGCUUGCUGGAUAUUGGACCUUCUCACUCACAGAUUCGAGAUAUGCAGUGAGCUGACCUUUAAUAUUUGUUAAUCUUGGUCCUUCUAUAUCAACCUGUCCCCGCUGCCUCACAAACGGUCUUCCCCUCCAUCGCAAUGCCCCACUUUUCCAACUAUCCGUCAUGUUUCCCAAUUCCAUUUCAUAUCGAUAUCCUCGUCAACCUACCUGCACUUAUCGACCCCUGACCAAUCUCCCACUUCCUCGACCGUAUCACUCGUUUGGCAAAGCAGACAUCAUGGCUGGAGUUGUGAAUGGUGUCCGGGUCGCAACCGACGACCCCAACCGUGUCAUCACCGUCAGCGCCCAAUGGGGCAAAACUGGCUCUGACACCACUAUCAGUUACACCAACUGCAAGGCUGUUGGAAAUGGAAGUUUUGGUGUCGUCUUUGCCGCCAAGAUGUCUCCGGUGAAACACGAUGAAGGAGAGGAGGAGCCAGAAUCGGACAUUGCUAUCAAGAAGGUUUUACAAGACAAGCGGUUCAAGAACCGAGAACUGCAGAUCAUGCGUCUUGUUCACCACCCCAACAUUGUCGACCUGAAAGCCUUCUUUUACUCCAACGGUGACAAAAAGGACGAAGUUUACCUGAAUCUCGUGCUCGAAUUAGUCCCCGAGACUGUCUACCGGGCUUCCCGCCACUACGCCAAGCUCAAGCAAGCUAUGCCCAUGCUGCAGGUCAAGCUGUACAUGUACCAACUCCUCCGCUCCCUCGCGUACAUCCACGCCGUCGGUAUCUGCCACCGAGACAUCAAGCCCCAAAACUUGCUUCUCAAUCCCGCCACUGGUGUGCUCAAGUUGUGUGAUUUCGGUUCCGCCAAGAUCCUCAUUGCGGGUGAGCCAAACGUGUCAUACAUUUGCUCCAGGUACUACCGAGCUCCCGAGCUCAUCUUUGGUGCCACAAACUACACCACCAACAUUGAUAUCUGGUCAACCGGAUGUGUGAUGGCGGAGUUGAUGUUGGGACAGCCUCUGUUCCCUGGAGAGUCGGGUAUCGACCAGUUGGUGGAGAUCAUCAAGGUUCUGGGUACUCCUACAAGGGAGCAAAUCAAGACGAUGAACCCCAACUACAUGGAACACAAGUUCCCCCAGAUCAAGCCCCACCCCUUCACCAAAGUCUUCCGCCCCCGCACCCCCGCCGAUGCCAUCUCUCUCAUCAGCACUUUGCUCGAGUACACGCCGUCGGCGAGGUACACGGCGCCAGAAGCGUUGGUGCACCCCUUCUUUGAUGAGCUGAGGGUCGAAGGGUCGAGGUUGCCGAACGGAAAGGACAUGCCAGAGCUGUUCAACUUUACCAAGGAGGAAUUGUCGUCUCGACCUGACCUCAUCCGCCAACUGAUUCCUCCUCACACCGAGGAGACGCUUCGCGCAAACGGCAUCGACGUCAACGACUUUAAGCCCAUUCCUCCCGAGCAGCUGCGUGUCCACCUUGACUGAUUGUAGGAGCGCUGUAUAAAGAAAUGAAAUUAUAUACCCAACAUCUACUCCAUCCCGACUUUUUUCUGUCACCUAUCGAUCUCCCAAUUUGCCCGUCUUCUCCGGUCGCGUCUCCUUUUCCUUAUCAUCUCUCAUAGCAUACGUGGUCAGUAGUCGGUCAAUCCUGCCAACUGUCUUCCUCUAUUUCUUUCUCUUUCGUUCUCGUUCUUACUUGUCUCCCUUGAACCAGCAUACGUCCUCGUAGAUCACUUUGGGGAACCUCAAGUAGAUUAUUCUAUUAUAUGUAGCCUCAACCAACAAACCUGAGAUGAUACGGUGGGGAUUGGAGUCGGAAGUUCUGGUCAGUGAAGGAGAUGGAGGCUUUGGAUGAUUGGUAUUUCUCUUAGAUUCAGACUUUUGAAGACCGGAGAAAAAGGAGUGGGAAGGUUGAUGGUACUCUGGACGAGAAGCGGGACUUGUAUGAUUCGGAAUUUGCGCAUGGAUUGUGUCCUCAGA